AUGGGUGACGCUGUCGCUGUAGUCAUCCCUCCCUUCAUCCGAGCUGACCCCGCCCUUUGGUUCUUUAUGCCAGAAUCGACGUUUGCGUUAGCAGCUCCAAAGGCAAUCAUAGAAGCGAAGACCAAAUAUAAUUAUGUCGUCGCUCAUUUGCCACCGGAUACGGCGACGAUCGUGAGAGAUGUGAUCAUGCAACCGGAUGUCACUGAUACUUACAUGGACUUGAAAUCCAAAAUCAUCGAACGCUGUCGAGAAUCUAAAACAGAGGAGAUCCGACGUCUAUUGGCUGGAGAAAAUCUUGGGGAUAGAAAACCAAGUGAGCUCUUGCGGGAUAUGAAACGCAGAACGGAAAAUCACAAAAUUGAAGACGAAUUGCUUUUCGAAUUAUUUAUCCAAGCGAUGCCUCUCCCCGUCCAAACAAUCAUUGCUUCUAUUUCCCCCAUGUCAACGGAAAAAGCUGCCGAAGUUGCUGACAGAAUAUUAGCGAUCUCGAAUCCUCUGCACUUCCUUCAGUCCAUUCACCCCAGAGUUCAACAACCCCACGGGAUUCUCAACACCAAUUUCAUCCACUCUCUCCUUCCUCAUCGGGAGUGGAGGAAAUUUCUCUCUCCCAGCUGUACAAGGAAGUAA